AUGAGCGCGACAAGUAAACCACGGUAUAUGGAAAAAUAUAAUCGGCAGAAGCUGAUCGGCACAGGGGCUUUCGGUCAAGCAUGGCUUGUUCAAGCUAAAACCGAUGGCAAUCAAUUAGUGAUGAAAGAAAUCAAAAUAGCUAAAAUGACUAACAAGGAACGUGAUGAUGCUCGAAAAGAAGUUGAUGUCCUUGCAAAAAUGAAACAUCCUUAUAUCGUGUCUUAUACAGAAUCAUUCGAAGAUUCAACGAGCUUAUAUAUUCUGAUGGAUUAUUGUGAUGGUGGAGAUUUACAUUCGCGUAUACAAGCACAACGUGGUAUUCUAUUCAGUGAAGAUCAAAUACUUGAUUGGUUUGUUCAGAUAACCUUAGCAUUGAAACAUGUACAUGAUCGGAAAGUACUUCAUCGUGAUAUUAAAUCUCAAAAUGUGUUUUUGACAAGUGAUGGUUCAGCAAAAUUAGGUGAUUUCGGCAUUUCAAAAGUAUUAAACACUACAUGUGAAUUAGCACGUACACAAAUUGGUACACCUUAUUAUUUAUCUCCGGAAAUAUGUCAACAGAAACCCUAUAAUAACAAAUCAGAUGUUUGGAGUCUUGGUUGUGUAUUGUAUGAAAUGACUACACUUAAACAUGCUUUUGAUGCUGAUAAUAUGAAUGGUUUGAUUAUGAGGAUUGUUCGUGGAUCAUUCAAUCCUAUUCCAGCAAAAUAUAGCGGUGAUCUACGAUUACUAAUCGCGUCGAUGCUUAAACGUGAACCACGAGAACGACCAGCAGUUAAUACUAUCUUACGAAAACCAUUCAUUAGUCGACGUGCUUUAAAACAUCUACCAGAAGAAUUCCAUAGCGAAGAGUUUAGUCACACAGUUUUACACGACAAGAAACCAGUUACCGAACCUGUGAAGGCAAACAUAGCAACACCACGUCCAAUGACAGCUCCAAAAUCCAGUGGUGUCACUCCGGUUCAACCAGUUUUGUCACGGCCGAGUUCAGCUGCACCGAAAAUUUCGCCUCAAGAGCCGACAAAAGCAUCCAAAGGCCCUUCAAUUUCAAAACGACCAAAAUCUGCUGUUCGUUCUGUUAAUCGGAUAUCGAAAGAGAAGAAAUCUGUUGAUGUCAAACGUGCACCGGCCUUUUCCGUUGAUAAAGAAAGUGAAAUUGAGAAACGCCGUCUCGCAAUUGCAAAACAAAAAGAAGCGCGUGAGAAACAAAUGAAAGAAGAUGCGGAGAAUUUCUCGAAAAAGCAACAAGAAUCGAUUGACAGACAACGAAAAGCAGCUAUACAACGAGAUCGAGAAUUCUAUCGGUUGGAAUUAGCCAAAGGGCCGCCAAAUCAAUCAGAUACGACUAGUCAACGUGUAGUACAACCAGUUUUCUUGCCGCACAAAAUAAAUCCAAUAUCUACGCCAUCAUCGAUAAAAGAAUCAAUUGCCGCAUCAUCAAGUCCUAAACUUCCGAAAAAAGAUAACUAUAUUCUAUAUGGCGAGCAAUUAGACCAACUCCAACAGAGAAUCGCCGAAAGCGAAAAGAAAAUGGAUGAAUGGAAUAAAAUUAAUCAAGCACUUAAAAAGAAUCAUGCUAUUCCAGAUGUACAAAGUUCUACACCCUCUACGAAUGGUAAUCGACCAGUACUAAGAAAUCACCAUCCAGCACGUGAUGGACUAUUCAAUCGAAAUCUACAACAAAUUCGUCGUAAAAAUUUCCUCAACAAGCGCAAUACACAACAGAAGUCCUCAGUCGAUAGAUCCGAUCUAUAUCAACGUUAUCGAUUGAUCAGUGCACAAAAAGACAAAGAUCAAGCUAACGGAAAAAGCGUACCCGAAGUUUGGGAAGAUCGCAGUGAUAUCAUUUCAAAACCACGCUCAUUAUGGAAUCCAAAAAUACAAAUGAAUCGGAUCGUAGCUCACCGCUACGCACCAUCAAAUAAUCCAUUGAAUUCCAAUAUGCCUAAUUUAAUGAUACAAGGUCAGGCGAUGAAUCUUAUUAAUAUAAAUGGAUCAAAUCGGCAAGUCAAUUCUGAUGCGCCACGAGGGACAGUGCUGAGUGUCUUAGAACGUGCUCUUGUUCAAGACCGAACAAUGACGAAUGUAAGAGAAAACAGUGAGAAUUCGGAUAUUAGUUUACUUCAUUUGGCAAAACGAAUCGAUCCUAAUCGUAAGGACGAAACACUGACAACGUCUGAUGUGGUUCAAUCUACAAAUUCAUCAUGUCAAACUCUCGAUCAACCUGUUGCAUCUGAUUUAAUUGUUGAAGAUUUAGAUACUACUCUAACUGCUCCAUCAAAAGAAGAUAAAGAAAAUACGAUCCUCUCGGACGACUUUGAUCUUCUUGACGGAUUAACAACGGGUCAUUUUGAUGAAAAAAAUAAACUGCUUCUACGAACUGUAUCCAAUCCCGAAUUGCGUACGAUUGAUAAUCUUCCAGAAGAAACAAUUCUUCAAGAGCUGAAGCUUGCUCGAAGUGCAUCUCAACUCGAUCAAACUGAUCGAAAACUAAGUUUCACUGAUACAACUUUCGAAAAUGAUAGUACAAAUAUUUCGCCAUCCAGUGAUGAUAACAUCGAAUCGGGUGACCGACAUACAUCAAGAUUCACAUCAGAAAAUGCUAUCGAUGACGGUGACAACGAUGAUGAUGAUGUUUGGUGUAAUCCUGAAGAUGAAGAUAAUCUUCAGCAUUGCCUUCAAUUCGAUCAAAAGAAAAUUCAUCAACUACAAUGUGAUCUUGGCGAGAAGACCUUUCAACGGGUACUCGACGCACUUGAAGAAAGUGAACCAGAUAUCGAAAUAAUCAAGAGUCUUAUACCGAAAGAGAAGCACCAUUUGAUUGAUUCGGAUCUUUUGGUAGUUUUAUCGACAAUGCGAACAAUGAACAAAUAA